AAUCAAAUCUCCCUCCAUUCCUGUGUUCAGACUGUACCAAUCAUGGCUUUUUGAUUUCAUUCUUUGAACGCAAUAACGAAACGUUAAUUUGAUUAAUUACGCAACUUACACAACAUUACACCUAACAAUAAGCACGAGAAAAAAUUGAGUCAUCUACGAUCAGCCCUUAUCGUUGAAUACAUUGUCGAUGCGUAGCGCGACGAGUGCAUAUUAUUGCCGUAUGUGAACGCACGCAUAAACGAUGUUUGCAUACGCGAAAUAAAGCGCACAAGAAAACUUAAUUGUCGAUGGGAGUAUUAAAUGUCUGCGAAGCCUGUGAAUAAGCAACAUGAAUCGGCAUGGUUAGUGUGUACAGUUCUCGUAGUGUGUUCGGUCUACAUAAACACGGCGCCAUGAUGUUCCUGCAACGCCAUAAUACUGCUAUGUAUACGACGUUUCGUUCUUUCCAUGGAUAAAUAUUUUGUAGUUGAAACUGCACGCGACAUACGAAAAGAAUAGAGUCUUAUCGAACGAUUUCGCUGCAUCGAAAUUAUUUCUAUGCAGUUUGGUGUCGGUGAGUACGCAAAGAAACUUCCGAAUACUUCCUAAAAUUCUGUGUGUGUACGUUCUCUGUUAACUACAUACAUAUUACUUAUUGCGAAUUGUACCCCGACUCUCCGCCACCGAAAGGAGCAAAAGAGAUACAGAUUGAAAGACAGACGACAGAAGAUAAGAAAGAAGAGAGGGAGAGAGAGAGAGAGAGAGAGAGAAAGAGAGAGAGAGAGAGUAAGAGAGAGAGAGGUGGAAAGAUUAUGAACGCUGCGAGUGGCUAUACUGUGUUACAAGAAAAUUUACUUAGAUGUUUAUCGUGUUCGUAGAAUUGUUGUUAUUAAGAACACGAUAAAGUCAAGGUGUGGAAUCGAUAAAUUGACGAAUAUUUCUCUUCGAUCGUGAUGGCGAGCGGUUGGCGUCAAGAAUGUGGUAACAGUGGGAGAUUGUAGUAAAAACAAUGCUGGAUCGCUAAGUAAUUACGUGUUGUUUAGGAACAGGAAUACCAUAAGAAAAAUCAUAGAUAUAGUUUGAAUACUACAGUAUUUUUAACAUGGACGAUGAAGAGGGAUCCUCGAGCUCUGGACCUAUGUCUUCUUUGAAUAGUUUAUUUUCAUUCACUAGUCCCGCUGUAAAAAAGUUGCUCGGCUGGAAGCAGGGUGAUGAAGAGGAAAAAUGGGCUGAAAAGGCGGUUGAUUCGCUGGUAAAAAAAUUGAAAAAAAGAAAGGGUGCAAUAGAAGAGCUAGAACGUGCCUUGAGUUGUCCCGGUACACCUAGCAAGUGCGUGACAAUACCAAGAAGUUUAGAUGGUAGGCUACAAGUAUCGCAUCGUAAGGGUCUGCCACAUGUUAUUUAUUGUCGGGUAUGGAGAUGGCCAGAUUUACAAUCUCACCAUGAAUUGAAACCAUUAGAAUUAUGUCAGUAUCCUUUCUCUGCAAAACAGAAGGAAGUUUGUAUCAAUCCCUAUCAUUAUAAAAGAGUGGAGAGUCCGGUACUUCCACCAGUACUGGUGCCAAGACAUUCAGAAUAUCCUCCUGGACAUUCUUUGCUACCAUUUCACCAGAUAGCCGAACCAACAAUGCCGCAUAAUGUAUCAUAUUCUUCCAGUGGAUUUAAUGCUGGAUCCACUGGGGGUGUAAACCCAACUUCGCCUAUGUCUUCAGUUGGUUCAGUUCCCAGUCCAGGAAGUACAACAUCACCAAAUCCACAGAGUCCUUAUGGCACCAAUGGAUUACCAGAAACUCCUCCUCCAGCUUAUUCUCCACCCGAAGANGACGUUUCGUUCUUUCCAUGGAUAAAUAUUUUUAUUUUUAACAUGGACGAUGAAGAGGGAUCCUCGAGCUCUGGACCUAUGUCUUCUUUGAAUAGUUUAUUUUCAUUCACUAGUCCCGCUGUAAAAAAGUUGCUCGGCUGGAAGCAGGGUGAUGAAGAGGAAAAAUGGGCUGAAAAGGCGGUUGAUUCGCUGGUAAAAAAAUUGAAAAAAAGAAAGGGUGCAAUAGAAGAGCUAGAACGUGCCUUGAGUUGUCCCGGUACACCUAGCAAGUGCGUGACAAUACCAAGAAGUUUAGAUGGUAGGCUACAAGUAUCGCAUCGUAAGGGUCUGCCACAUGUUAUUUAUUGUCGGGUAUGGAGAUGGCCAGAUUUACAAUCUCACCAUGAAUUGAAACCAUUAGAAUUAUGUCAGUAUCCUUUCUCUGCAAAACAGAAGGAAGUUUGUAUCAAUCCCUAUCAUUAUAAAAGAGUGGAGAGUCCGGUACUUCCACCAGUACUGGUGCCAAGACAUUCAGAAUAUCCUCCUGGACAUUCUUUGCUACCAUUUCACCAGAUAGCCGAACCAACAAUGCCGCAUAAUGUAUCAUAUUCUUCCAGUGGAUUUAAUGCUGGAUCCACUGGGGGUGUAAACCCAACUUCGCCUAUGUCUUCAGUUGGUUCAGUUCCCAGUCCAGGAAGUACAACAUCACCAAAUCCACAGAGUCCUUAUGGCACCAAUGGAUUACCAGAAACUCCUCCUCCAGCUUAUUCUCCACCCGAAGAUGGAUCACAACCUGGACAGUCACCACCACCUGAUCCAGUAGCAAUGGAUACAACUGGCUCAGCCGAAGUGGCUCCAGUGUGUUACCAGGAACCACCCUAUUGGGCCUCUAUCGCUUAUUACGAGCUAAACUGCAGAGUGGGAGAAGUUUUUCAUUGUCACUCUCACUCUGUAAUAGUAGAUGGCUUCACAAAUCCAAGCAACAAUUCUGACCGUUUUUGCCUUGGACAAUUAUCUAAUGUAAAUCGGAAUUCUACUAUCGAGAAUACAAGAAGACAUAUAGGCAAAGGAGUGCAUCUAUAUUAUGUAGGUGGCGAAGUAUACGCAGAAUGUCUUUCCGACUCUGCUAUAUUCGUGCAAUCUAGAAAUUGUAAUCACCAUCACGGAUUUCAUCCUAGUACAGUUUGUAAGAUUCCACCAGGAUGUUCAUUGAAGAUAUUUAAUAACCAGGAGUUUGCCCAGCUACUUUCGCAAAGUGUGAAUCACGGCUUCGAAGCUGUUUACGAGUUAACAAAAAUGUGUACUAUAAGAAUGUCCUUUGUUAAAGGAUGGGGUGCUGAAUACCAUCGACAAGAUGUCACAUCAACUCCUUGUUGGAUAGAAGCACAUUUACACGGACCAUUACAGUGGUUGGAUAAAGUGUUAACGCAAAUGGGUUCUCCCCAUAAUGCUAUAAGUUCUGUGUCAUAAUUUGUGCUUUGUGUUUCAUUGCUAGGAAAAAAGAUAUAGUGAAAUGUAGAAAGAAACCUGAUGAUUUGGGAGCAGUUUUUAAUAUUACAUAGUGCUAUAGUAAUAUAGACUGUAAGAGAUUUAAGAAAGAAUAACGAGAAUGGUAAGUGAAACGAAGCUGUCCAAACACGAGACUUGUCUCUUGUCAGCGCAAUGGAAAAAUAGUUGAUAGUAUAAUACUUAUGAAAAUAAAGGAUUGCAGAAGUCGAUAAGUAUUGAAUGUGAUCCUUAGUAUGAAAAAAUUUCAGAGAACAUAGUGUACACAAAAAGAAGUUGUACAACUUUCGGCUGUUACAUAGGGAGAGAAUUUUAGUAAAAAUAUAAUGUCGUACAUAUAUAAAUAUAAAUAUAUAUAUAUCUAUAUUCAUAUAUGUAUAUAUGUAUAUACAUAUGUAAGAAAUGGGUCUUUGAAAUUAUUACCCGCGUAUAUUCCAAAGAUUUACUAUAAAAUAAUAAAUUAAGAAACUAGACUGAGGUCAAAAUUCAAGUGACACAAUUAAACGUUCGUGAUUAUAGCGCAUUUUUAUCUUCAAAAAGAUCACUAACAGCGCAACGAUUUAAAAUUCGAAAUAUUACGCAAUGUAACUUUCUGACCUAAAGUAAUGCUAUUCUUACAUAUAUAUAUAUGUAUAUAUGUAUAUAUAUAUACAUAUACAUAUACAUAUAUACAUAUAUAUAUGCAUUACCGCUCAAAUGUUAGUACAGGCUAAAUUAAAUGUAAAUUUUUGUUAGAUCUGUGAGCUGUAGAACAGUUAGAAUUUUUGAUGAUUAAUUUCGAUAUAGAAAAAUAAGGCAAAAGGCCUUUUCUUGACAUUACAGAUACUAAUUUUAAAAAUUUUUCUUGCUAAAUGUUUCAUUAACUAUCUUAUAGCAGUUCCUAUAAAAGCUUUCAGGAUCUCAAAGCCUUUUUCUUUCUCUAAAUAGUUCCUAUAUAACAUUGAUGUGUAUUUUUGAUCGUUAAAAAACCAAACUUUGUCCACAUGCUGUCCAUAAUUAUCCAGUCCUGAUGUUUUAAUUUGUACACCUCAGUUCUUUAGUACUAUCCAUUUUUGACUGGCGAUACUCGUGAAUUAUGCUUUUGCAGAUUUCAGCUAAGACUGAUGAGUCGUCAUUGUCACUGCCGAUGAUAACUUGUAUAGUAAAAAAUAAAUGCUUUGAAUAUGUUUAAAAUAGGGUUAGUGGUUCUAUUAAAAGCAGUGAUUUUAUUGCAUAGUAUUUGCUUGUAAAAUAAAGACAGCAGAGGUGUGUAUACUUACUUUUGAGCGGUAGCGUAUGUGUAUAUGAGAAAUCAUAUUUUUCAAAUCUAUUCGAUUAAUUCUAAUAUCUUAUUUUAUAUAUGGACAAUUGUUGUGAAGAUACUUGCUAAUGCUGUACCAUGAACGCUUUACUAGAUUGUUUUGAGAUUUACAGUUGAACAAAACAACCGCUACGAAGCAAAAGGAAAGCGAUUACCAGUCGUCAGAGAUAAAACGCUACAGAUUUUCAGCUAUGUAACAUUUUUAAGGUUUACAGUUUUAAAGAACAGUACGCGUGCUUUCAAAGCAUCUGAUUUAUGCCUAAACAAGACUUAGACUAUUCAAAUUUAUUACUAUAUAGACUGUACUGUAAGUGUAAUUAAUUUCGAUUUUACUAAUGCAAUUAAUAUUUCAAUAUAGACAUCAGAUGCUGAUCUCACGUUGACGUUUGGAAGUUAACUGCAUCCGAUGACGUAUUGGAAUAUUAACUCCGGUAAUGCGUAUAAAGGAUAUUUUUUAUGCAACGUUCCCUAACAUUCGUGUAAUGUAAGUCUUUGGAUGUAGCCUUAUAAGAAAACUAAUGUGACAACUAACAUAGCGUCAUUUACUCGCUACUCGUCCGAUUUUGAAAGUACUAUAAUAAGGGAUUAUGUAGUGGCCCCCAUCUCCCAGCACUUUUCAGAUGUAUUCGUGAAUUCCAAACUACAAUGAACGUUGAUGUAUGUAUAUACCGUAAAGUAUACUGAUUAUAUUGCGUUGCGUGCAAUUCAAAUGAUUGGUAUUAAACCUGAUGCAAAAUGUGGAAAUUUGAUGAGUAGAUUUCUGAAAAGUGCCAAAAUCGUCUGUAUGUGAACGCUUUUUAUUUAAGGCCACGAUCAGUUCUAUCGAAACUUGAAAUCAUCGACAAAUAACAUCCUAUUUACUAGAAUGACCAUAAAGUCUAUGUGAAAACUAUUUCGUGUAAACAAUGUUGAGUAUGAGAAUUGCAUGUCACAUACAUUCGGUAAAGUGCUAGAAAGGUCAUAUGAAUAUUUUCAUUGAGAUUAAGGCGAAAUGAAAAUUGUCUGUCAUUUUAUGUAUUCAUGAUGAGACAUUGUGAUGUACACAUUGCAUACACGCACACCAACAACACUUUUCAUAGUUUCUGCAUUAAGAUACACAGGUAUUACCGAUGAAGCACGAAUCUCGACCGAACGUUUAUAGACUGCGAUACCUGUGACACGUUCAUAGACUGCAACAUCCAAUUUACAUACUAUAUAUUCCAAUGAUCUUCUGGCUUGCCGAUCGAUUCAUUACUAUUCAACGAAUUACUGUUUCUUUUAUGUAUAUCCUACGUAUGUUUCAACGUUAAGUAUAUAAACGCUAUCCAAGAAGAGAACAGAACUGAACUGAAACAAAAGUCACUGCCGCUUGCUAUUAUUUAGAUUUGUCGAUGUACCUAGCUGUGAUUCUUUGCUACCAAAUUUAGCAAAUUGCGUGUGGGUAAACAACGAUGACUUGAAUGCUCUUUAUCAAAUUGUAACAAAUAUUUGGAUUCAAGAGAGAAAAAGAGAAAGAGAGAGAGAGAGAGAAGAACGCGCACGACAAUAAUUCAUCGCUAAAAAAGAGAGAAGACAACCAUUUGCACAACGAAUAAAAGCCAAUUCAGUCACGAGUAUCGAGGGUUUCCAUUUACCGUUUCUUCGUGAUCACCUGCGUGUGAAAUCGUUUAGCCUGAACAAACUAAAGAAUAUUUUUCAUACCGAUCUACAAUGUAAUUGGUGUUGAAGUUUCUACUUUUCUUUUUCUUUUCUAUUUUUUUCUUUUGAAUCAAUGUAUAUCGAAUUUUAAACGUUGUUUAGGUAUAUCGAGCUUGUCGCACACGUAACGAGCACAAAGCUUUGUCGCAAGUUGUAUGUAUAAAUAGUUACAUAUGUAAUACCUAUACUUAGAGCUUUUACUCUUCGUUGGUAUCGUUUCUUGAUUUCUUUGUUAAUGGAAGCACCGUGCGUCACGAUUCCCGUUUCCAAAUCGCCUGACGCAGCCUUAAUUGCAUACAGUUUUUCCGACUGCUAAUUAAGAGAAAGCCUAGUUAACAUUACACCGUAAUUGUAUAUAGGAUGUUUAAUUUAACUUGACCGUGUACGAAAUAUUGUCAGAAGCAACGUUCUCAAUUAAACAGAUGUACAGGUUUCACCGGUUCUCGUCCAAUUAGAAGUACACGUGUUAAUAAUAAUAGUAUUUUGUAACAUGAUUUUGUGCCGGUCAUGAUAAAUGUAACAUGCUGUUCGAUUGAGUAAGUGCCGUCUAAGUUUCGUGCCUUGGAUGCCUUUUAUAUUCUAUACAUGCCUUAUAGAUAUACAUAAAUAUUAUUAGAAAAUUAAGCGUUACUGUACAUCUAACCAGACUCGGUGCAUCGUUUACAAUGUUUGUACUGAAAACAGUAUUAACAAUUGAUUGCAAACAAGAAAAACGUACAAAUACUUUUCUCGCUAUGCAUAGAUUCUAUUUAAAGUGAAUAAUGACAAUUUGAAACGAUCUAGCCUACGAUAAACUUAAACAUAAUAUUAAUUCGCAUAAUAUAUGAUAUAUAAAGAAGAUAUAAGAAGUUUUAGAUGCAACGUGUGAAACAAGAUGACGAAUUUAAACGUUUGAAUUUUGAACGUUUCGCGCCACUCUCUGCGCAGACUCUGUUGUUCGCUUGCGGUCCUAUGAAUUUUAGACGUAUUAUUGUGCGCGUCGCAAAUUAAUAAGAGUUAAUUGUAUCUCGGAAACGUAUAUCCACGAAAAACACAGACGUAUGUGAAAUGAUUGGGAACAGGCGAUUUGAAAAGGGGAUACGUGAUCGUUCUAGAUAUUGAUGCUCCUUCGCAAGUCAGCGUAACAUAUCGGAAGCGCUUCCGGUGUGCAGCAUGACGAAAAUGACAAUUACAACAUAAAAUGAUCACAUUGUUUUGCACGAUCGGUGAUCUACGUCAGGGCAGGUGCAGUUUCGCGAAGCAAUGGGUGUCACAAUAUGGUAUGACUUUAUUAUCGUUAUAAGAUUACGAGAAUCGUUGAACUCGAUGCUCUUCGAAUACGUUAGAAUAUGUUUUAAAGGUUAGCUCUUUGUUUCCCACGACUGUCACACGAGACGACGAAAGGUCGGCAACACUACGAAAUCUUCAUUUAUGUGCUACUGUAUCUGCAUUUCUGGUAAUCACAGUGUUGUGCAGCUACCGAAUAUAAAUAAAAACUAUUUCCUAUCUGUGUAUCUAUGUGCAACGAAA